GAGACGCUCCAGCAGCAGAGCCACAUUCACCACUCGAACAACAUCAGCGACUCAUCGCAUCAGCUGGAAGCUCUUCAGUUAACAGACAAUCGAUCAACAUGGACACAGAAUGGACCGCUUCUUUAUGGUUGGACACAUUUAACGAACUGCUGAAUGAGGACAAUGAGCUGGACUAUGGAGACCGGUGGACUCUCAACUUCAACUACAAUCAGACAGACAGAGUCACCGAGGAGGAGAGGAGGAGAGGCUGGAAGGUCUCCACAUAUUGCGCCCGUGGAAAUUUUGAGUGUGCAUCCUGCACAAGAACCUGGGCUUCAGCGCGGGUAGUGUUGGUGUUCCGGUACCGGCUGCUGAGGGGCCAGGGGACGGUGAUCAUGCGUCCUUUUGGUCAGGCCUGUAUUCGAUGCAGAGGCAACAAAUUCAAUCUCCCUGGUUUCGCGGAAAAAGAGGUGGAACAAGCCCUCCUCAGGCAGUUUUACAAAAUUCGGAAAAACUGCUACCGCGAGGAAGAUGAUGAUGAAGAUAGUGGGAGAUCAUCAUCAGAGUCUGAAGUGAGGACCAAACCCCACGAGAAGAACCUGUGCCAGGCAUGCCGCAUGGGCAUUUGCUGUGUGGAUGAUGAAGAUGAUGAUUAAUGUGUGUGUGUGUGUGUGUGUGUGUGUGUGUGUGUGUGUGUGUGU